AUGGAAAUUCCAAUGGAACUUUUCCACUUUGGUGGAUCAGCCAAUUUUGAGUUGGAAGGAGAGACCACCGCACUGCAAAUACCACAAGGGAGUGCCGAGCCACUGAAGUUUGAAAUACAGAAAAAUGGGAAGAAAAUAAAUGUGGAGUUAUACGCUCAACAAGUUGAUGGCAUCGAGAAGAACGGAUUUGACUUGAAGAAAACACUUUUUGUGGAGAAACAAUACAUCGGACAAAGCGUCUCAUUGCCUAUCAAAAAUGAAGUGCUGAACGAAGAGUAUCAAGUGCCACUUGUAGUCCCCGAGAACGAAAUGACAUUUGAUUUGGGAGAACUCGGGAUGUACAAUGCAGAGACUCAAAAGAGAGGAAAGAUGUUUUUGGUUGUUAAGACUAUUUAA